AUGUCCUGUCAAUCACUCCGGAGGGGGUGUGUUCUGACAGGAGUUAGUUGGUCGCAGAAGAAACAGACGCUAAAGCAAAAAUGUCUUCAGUGCCUGAUGGAAAGAAGCUGGUCCGGAGCCCCAGCGGCCUCCGCAUGCUGCCGGAAAACGGCGCCUUCAACAGCCCCUUCUCCCUGGACGAGCCGCAGUGGGUCCCGGAUAAAGAGUGUCCGAGGUGUAUGCAGUGCGACACCAAGUUCGACUUCAUCAGGAGAAAGCACCACUGUCGGCGGUGCGGCCGGUGUUUCUGUGAUAAGUGCUGCAGUAAGAAGGUGGCGCUGCCCCGCAUGUGUUUCGUCGAUCCGGUGCGGCAGUGCGCCGAGUGCAGCCUGGUCUCCCAGAAAGAGAUGGAGUUCUACGACAAGCAGCUCAAAGUGCUUCUGGCAGGCGGCACCUUCGUCGUCACUUUGGGAUCGUCAGAGAAGUCUGAAACCAUGACGUGUCGCCUCUCCAACAACCACAGGUAUCUGUUCCUGGACGGUGAAAGCCACUUCGAGGUGGAGCUGUCUCGGAUCUCCAGCAUGCAGAUUCUGACAGACGGGACGAGUCCAGGAGAGAAUGACAUUCACACUUACACCAGUCUGCUGGACAGUCACUAUAUCUCUGAAGGCGGGACGUCUCGGGCCAGCGGCAUGCUGCUCCAUUACAAGCCGAUGGGCUCUCAGGACGCCCAGCAGCUCCGCAUGGAGGCAGCAGACGACAAGAAGGUGGCGUCGUUAUGGCUCGCUGCGAUGCACAAGGCGGCCAAACUGCUGUACGAAGCUCGGGACCAGUGACGUGACUGAACCUCCAGGCAGCACACACCCAAGUGUUUUGUCCCCGUCUCAGCGGGGUUUGGUAUCUUUUUGGAUUUUAUUAACGCCAGUUCUGAUUCUGCUUAUCCGUCUGAUUCCUCAUCGAUUCUUGAUACCAGUUCUUAUCAUGGUAAUUUUUGCAAGAAAGAAAAGUUUAUAGGAAAAAAAAAAACACUUUAUUACCUCUAUAACCAGUACUUUGUACAUCAUGUUUACCACACAUAGGCUGAUUGUUCUUCUAUUUUGCUUCUGGUCUUUGAUUUAAUUCAUGAAUCAGGGCAUGCAGCAUUAAUGUUUUUACUUUAACGUGUAACAAACUCAGCAGGAGAAGAAGCUUUCUAUCUGUAGUUGGUAUCUGUCGACUCUGGGAGGCUUCUACUUCUUUCACUUUCUCAGAUUUGAGGUUUGACGUUUGUUUUUGUUCGCCACGUGAUCCUGUGACACUCACAGUUUCUAACAUCCAUGAAAUGUGACAUUCUACCUUUCGUAAACCGUUUUUCAUAACUUCAGAGAUGCCAUAAAAGACGUCAGACAGA